GAUUCCAGUAGUCCCCUUCUCACCGGUCUCGCCCAAGGUCGCACGGAUGAAGUCAGCUGUGGCCGGCCUCUGGAUCUGUUGACUCCCCGAGGCGCCGGCCUUAAUUAGGUUAACUUCUUUCGCAGUCAUGUAUACUUGGCUUAUGGCAUCAAUUUCGACAUACCUGAGAGAUGAAAUUGGGUUAAUACCUUGUCCUGAAGCCAGGUAUAACCGGAGCCCUAUAGUGCUGAUAGAAAACAAGCUUGGCGUUGAGAGUUGGUGUGUCAAGCUUCUUUUGCCAUAUGUCCACAACAAACUCCUCCUCUAUAGACAAAGAAAGCAAUGGCUGAACAAAGAUGAAUUGAUAGAUAUCACAUGUACGCUGCUACUACUAAACCCAGACUUCACCACUGCAUGGAAUGUAAGGAAAGAACUAAUAUUAUCUGGCACUUUAAGUCCAGUUAAGGAUUUACAUCUUGGAAAACUAGCAUUAACUAAGUUUCCGAAGAGCCCAGAAACAUGGAUUCACAGACGAUGGGUGCUGCAACAACUAAUUCAGGAAAACUCCUUGCCAACUCUUGUAACUAAAGGGAACUUGGGAACAGUGCCUGUGGAAAGAAUUCAACGAUUAGUGCAGGAGGAAAUGGAUGUCUGCUGUGAAGCUGCUGGGAGAUACCCAAGCAACUACAAUGCCUGGUCCCACCGUAUCUGGAUUUUACAGCGUUUGGGAAAGCUGGAUGUCAAGAUUCUUCUUGAUGAACUUUCUUCCACUAAACAUUGGGUGUCCAUGCAUGUUUCAGACCAUAGUGGAUUCCACUACCGCAAGUUCUUAAUAAAGUCCUUGAUUGGCAGAACUGUGACCGACAAUUCUAUACUGGUGCAGAAUCAGCUGGUAAAUGAGCCAACCCCCAGUCUUCCAAAGGAUGAAAAAAAUGAAGCGUCUGAAGCUGUCUGUACAGAAGAACUGAGAGUAGAUCUCCCCCAUCUUCUAGAGGAAGAGCUGGAGCUCUGCACUGAUCUUAUUGAUACCUUCCCUGGGCAUGAAACGCUGUGGUGUUACAGACGGCAUGUGUUCUAUCUUCAGCACCAUUUAAACAACAAAAUUCCUCUUCCAAAUGUACGGUUGACAUCUGUGGACAGCAGUGAUGGAACUUUGAAUAAUUCACACCCCAGUACAGCAGUCAGUCAUGUGACUCAUGCCAUGGAUGUUGAUGGUUUAAAUGAUUCAAGCAAACAAGGCUAUACUCAAGAAAUCAAACGCCUGAAGCGUGCCCCUAUACAGGACUCUCUUGGCUUGGAAAUGGAAUACAGGUUCAUUGAUAACAUUUUAGCAACUUGCAGAGAUGUAGAGCAGGCCAGGUUUGCUACUGCAUACAGGAAAUGGCUAGUUACUUUUCUAGGUCCAUGAAGGAAGUUUACAACCUUCAGGGUUCCUCUUUUAGUGCAAUAUUCUCUUAUCAAACACGUGCAUGUCAUGGUUGCAAGUGUUGGCUACCCAUGUGCUUCUCACCUUUCUUUGUGGUCAGUGCUAAAAUUCAUAUACAAAGUAAUAUUUCAUUUUAUUUAUUAAAAAAAAUCUGGCAUAGCUUUUUAUUAAACAAAUGUAGUUUGCUUUUUUUCUUUAAUCCUUUUUUAAAAAAUUAACAAUUUAUAUUUUUACUUGUGGCAACUUCAUAUCAUACCAUUGUCGUACUUAAACUUUUUUUUUAUUUUAACAUGGACUACGAAUAGGGUCCUACCAAAUUCACGCCCAUGAAAAAUGCGUCACACGCCAUGAAAUCUGGUCUCUUGUGUGCUUUUACCCUAUACUAUACAGAUUUCACGGGGGACACCAGCGUUUCUCAAAUCAGGGGUCCUGACUCAAAAGGGAGUUGCAGGGGAGUCCCAAGGUUAUUUUAGGAUGAUCACGGUAUUGCCACCCUUACUUCUGUGCUGCCUUCAGAGCUGGGCGGCUGGAGAGUGGUGGGUCUUGGCCAGGCGCCCAGCUCUGAAGGCAGCAGCCUGCCAACAGCAGUGCAGAAGGGUGGCAAUACCAUACCAUGCCAUCCUUUCUUCUGCACUGCUGCCUUCGGAGCUGGGCUCCUAGUCAGCAGCCACCGCGCUCCAGCUGCUCAGCUCUGAAGGCAGCACCGCUGCCAGCAGCAGCGCAGAAGGGUAGCAGUACUGCAGACCCACCUAGAAUAACUUUGCGGUCCCCUCCCUGCAACUCCUUUUUGGGUCAGACCCCUACAAUUACAACACCCCGUGAAAUUUCAGAUUUAAACAGUUGAAGUCAUGAAAAUUUAUGAUUUUUAAAAUCCUAUGACUGAAAGUGACCAAAAUGAACCAUGAAUUUGUUAGGGCCCUAACUAUGAACAAUGGGGCUUUUGUUUUUUAAAGUUUAAAAUUUUGAUCCAAAUGGAAUGUCUGGAAAACAAAUAGGUGGAUUUUUCAUUGUAACAUGAACCACCUUCCAAAUUAUUCUUCUCUACCACAGUGAAUGCUGGUAAUGACUCUUAACCAAAGCCGGUGGAGUCAGGUUUUUCAAUAAGAAUUAUUACUUCUGAAUUGCUGUCUAUCUGUCAAAGAUCAGGCUGCAGUGUUUCUGCCUUCAGUUCCCCUUUUCAUUAUUUGUAAGGGCGAAUAUUACUACAGUACUGGAAUUGUGCUUUUUGCUAUUGUCUGUGGUCUUUUAUUUGCCUCACACCUCUAUUGUACAUGGUUGAUAUCAAAGCCUACUAAAUUGACCUUGUCAAAUCAGAUACUCACUGGUGGAGACAGGAAAAUGAACCAUGUUUCUCACACACAGUGAAGAAGUAUGGUUAAAGCUAAGUGUGCAGGAUUUAUUAGCAAAGUUCUUUCACUUAUGUCAUACUUUUUAUUUUUUACCUCAAUAAGCCAGAGUUAGAAACACUAUUUAAAUUUCUGAAUGUAUUAUGUACACUACAGAGUCCCACAAAGCCCACUAAAUCACACUUUAAAAAGCUAUAGAAAAACUAAGAACAUAUGAGUAUCUUAGAUGAUGGGAUAAAAAGGAGUUAUGCUGACAGUUUUAGUGCUGUUUAAAAUAUGCAGGGUCUCUUCCCCUCCAUGCUUGUGCAUUGCUUCCUCCCACGAAGCAGGGCAUCAAUUUCAUUUUUCUUUUCUGUCAGAGGACCUUUUCCCAUUCAACCCCUCAAGUGUAUGUGUGCUGGAAGGACAAUUUAAACAGUUUCAGGGUAGUUUUGAUCCUGACUUUCCUUUUGGCUACCAAUGCAGGUAUGUAUAAAUACUUGUACUGGCAUUUUCUCAGAACUUUACUCUACAUGAGGGACUUCUGUACCAGUGUAGCUACAUCAGUGUAAUCUUGCCAGUGCAAAGCCCUCGCGUAGAAGCAUAUGCCAGUAUAAAGUGAACCUUUGCACUAAGGCAACUUUUUACCCCUGUUUCAAACAGAGCAGACUAGUUAAGAGGAUCCAGAGCUUCAGGAGAGAUCCUUUGCCACAAUCCCUGUGUUUGUUUGUCUUGCCUUGCAUCAAGUGCUUCCCCAACAUGCUGCUGCUCUUGCUGCUCAAAGAAUACUAUGAGCAGUAGAAAAGCACUGGGAAUAUACAGGAUUCCUGUGGUCCCACAUCCCUUUUGAGGCUCCCAUUGUUGGAGUUACUCUUGCAUGUCAAAGGGGAAAUAGACCCCUUGUAUGGUAUGUUUGGCUUUAGCGAUGUGAUUGAAUUUAAUGAUCUUCUGAGAAAAGGUCAACCAAUAGGGUCAUUCAGGAAACAGCAAGCAUUGUUUAAACAAGGUCUCUAAAUUUAAACUCCUCCUGUAUUUUUAACUCUGCAGAGAUUGCUGCCUCCUAUGACUUGGAGCUUCUGUUCAUAGCUACUCUGUGGCUACAGUAAGUUCAUAGAGACACUUGGUGACUGCUGGGUUCCCAGAAAGUGUGACACUGCCUACCACUGUAGUUUAUUACAGAUUAUAUUGUCAAUCCUAAAAUUACAUUUAAAGUCCUUAAUUUUGUCUCUUUCAGUUUUAUCUUUUCACAGAUUACCUGUUUAAUAGAAAGGUAUUGGAGGAGGGUGAAAAGUAAGGAGAAUUUGUGCCUUGUGAAGUAGAAAUUUAUUAUCUUACGGGGAGAAUGCAGUCUUCUGCUUGUACCAUAGUGUAAGAUUUGAGGGGGCGGGGGAGAGACUAUCAAGGGUGGGUGAUAGAACAUAAGUUGAAAUCCAUUAUAAAUUUAUGUUGGACUGAAGUCUCAGUUAGCUCCCUAGAGCUAUAUAGUGGAAAUAUUCUGAUCUUGAAUUUGACAGCCCUUCCAUCAUCAUAAACGCUUAAGGUCAAACUCUGUCCUUUGAUACUUGUGUGCAACUCCUUUUUGGUGUCACUGGGAAUUAUGCAUAUGUGUAUGAAGACAGAAUUUGGUCCUUAUAGAACUAUAUGCAUUUUCAUACCUUAAAGGUGCUCCAAUAGGUCUUGGAGUAAAGUGUUGUUGUUUUUUUGUUGUGGGUUUUUUUUAAAGUUUUAAAGGGAUACUGUCAACUGAAAUUGUAGAUUUUUUUUUUUUUAACUUUUUUUCAGAAAGUGUAAGUCUGAUGAAAAUAUUUCCAUGAUUGCUUUAAAAUUCCAAAGAAAACAGUUACAUUAGUAAACAAAAUAACCAUUUCCUGCAGGUUUGCAUUACACAAACCUUGCAGUAUUGAGGACCCAACAUUGGGUUGGUGGGGUGGGGAAACUAUAGGCAAAAGUGAAAUUGACUUCAAUGAGUUGCAUUUUUUCCAAGUUUAGAGAAAUCUAAAAACUAAACCAACAGUAUCACAGUGAAAAGAAAAUACAUUUUUAAAACUUCUUUUCAUCUUGAAAACCUAGGGUGGUGGUAGAAACAUAGAAAAAGGAAAUAUAUUCACCUUAAAAAUAUUUGUUUAAGAUGUCAGUGCCCCUUAGCCUUUUAUCUGAAGUGGAUAAAGUAAUUCCUUGGGAGUAUAUUUUCAAAUUUAGAAUUUUGUGAUGUCUUGUAACCAUGAACUUUCACAAACGUGACCACUUAAUUUAAUUUGACUGGUUUCUUUAAAGUCCUAAUUGGGGGAAGGAGGAAUACAAUAAAUAGCAGUAAAAAUUAUUAGACUUUAGGCCAUUGGUAAUUAACAUACAUAAAAGUUACUGAGCACAGCUCUUCAGUAUUAAGUAACACUGUAUUCGGCAUUUACUGUGUCAUAGGUCAGAACAUUCUAACUCAAUAAUUUAAUGAGGGUUUUGCUUGGUGAAACACCUGACUGCAGCCAUGCAGCACCAAACACUUACCCUUUAAAAGAAUCAUAAGAAUGAGUAAUACAGAUAUAAAUCUGGCUUUAUCCAGCAGUAAACUGUCAGUGUCCUUUUUAAGUUUCAGUAACUGUUAAUUCUGUCCUUUAUUGUAUUGUAUGGCAUUUACAUUGGUACAAAUCUUUUUCGUGCACUGACUCAGUCUUAUAGCAACAUCUUUGCACUGAAGAUGAAUUGAAGGCUUUGAGAAAUGAAUGUCAUUUGGAACUCUAAAAGUGGUUAAUUGUAUUUUCAAUCAAGUCAAAAUGAACAAUCACAUUUUUAAAUGAUGUGUAGUGUUCUCUGCUGUAAUGUGCAUUACCCAGUAUUGCAUCAGCAAUUGUUUUUUCUGGUGUAAUCAGUAGGGCAAAACAUACUGAUGACUGUAGUGAUGGAUGACUACAGUGCUUGGCUGAAUGCUUAUAGUCUUAGAAAUAUUUUCAUUGUUUUAAUAGGGGACAAUUGAAUUUUCAGUCCAAUGAGUAAUUUAUGACUAGUUGUAUAGCUACCUUAUAUAGCACUGGUUUAUAAAAUAAAAGAGCAUAGUGAAGAAUUAACAGUAAGAAAGUUUGGAUUCUGUUUUUUCAACUGAAACUAGCUAAAGCAUUUCAGUGUCUUGUGUUAGAAAUUUAUGCAUAGGAGUACUUUUUCACUCUUUACCUUAAAGUAAGUCAUUUAAUGAAUCUUUAAACAGUACUGUAUAAUCUUGACAACCAGAAUCAAAGGGUCUUGAAGGGGCCUUGUCUAGACAGUCAAAUCCAGCAAUCAAAUCUCUUACGAAUGUGUAUUUUAAAAAUGAACAAAAUACAGCAAUUGUCGGAUAAUUUAACAUUUGGGCUGCAGGGAUUUCAUGAUCAAACUUCUGGACAAGGCCUUUUUUUCCCUUAUAAGCCUGUAGUGCUGCUUCCACAUUACAGAAGUGAUCCUGAGCUCUUUGGUCCUUUAUACUAUAAUUUAAAAAAUAAACUGUCAGACUCACAUCUUCUACAGCAGCGGUUUUCAAACUUUUUGUAUCGGUGACCCUUUUUACACAGCAAGCCUCGGGGUGUGACCCCCCCCUUAUAAAUUAAGAACGGGGGUGGGGGGUAAUUUAAUUUAUUGAAGGCUCAGGAUUCUCAGCCUCAUGGAGCUGACAGCUCAGGAUCCCCAUGUAACCACUUUGUAACCCCCUGUGGGGUCACGACCCCCAGUUUUAGAACCCCUCUUCUACAGAGACCUUGAGAUCAAUGGAGUGAAAGGCAGAUGUGACUAGCAUGUUUGCUGUUUUCCCCUUUAUUUGAGGUUCUUUCCUUACAACUUAGUCUUAUCAGAAGAAAACCCCCAUCAUUUUCAAAUGCUCUUAAAAUGCAGUUUAGUAACAAAACAAGGCCAUUGUAUUCUCUACAGUGGUUUUCCUUCUCUUUCCCAUUGUGCUCAGAGAAUGGUUCAUUCUGAACUGCUUGUCCCUUUUCCCCCAACUAACAAAGAAUGUAAGGAAGCUAUGGGGAGGUGGCCUCAUUUAACAUAAGGAUGAUUUUGACUACCUCCCAAAAUGCUCUGAUAGUGCCCUUAAGUGGUGUUCAUCAGGCUCAUUCACAAGCUCAGGCUAAACCCAGAUGCUCAUUUCAGAGGUGAAAAGCAAAAGCUUUAUCUGUUAGGACAUUUAGUUUCCCUUAAGAGUUUUGGGGGGGGGGGUUUUGGUUGUUUGUUUUUUUAACUAAACAAAUCUAGAGAAAAUAGAAUAACUCAAAUAGUUUUGAAAGUUGGAAAACUAUAUAAUUUGCAUAGACUCUCAUCAACUAUUUCCUCUGACAGAGCACUGUAUUGCAGUCAAAUGGAAGAAACUAGUGCUUCCAAGAAAAUUCUUUGUAGUCAGUUUAUGCUUUCAAAAUGUUACUACGGUCAGUGAUUAUAAACCUGAUACUUCCUUUUGGCUUUUACUUAGUGUGUAACGUUAUUUCUCAGGGCAUAGAUUAUUUUUGUGAAUUAGGGCACAUUUUGACAGUUUAUAGUCAAUGGUUAAUAAAAAGCAUAAGUGAUAAACGUAGAACUAGCUCUUAACAUUUUUAGUCUAGAAUAGUAUUGUAUAUAGUCACUAGCUAAAACUGUAGCUAGGUACCUGCUUUAGGCCUGCCUUUCACCUUUGCCCCCAAUAUUCACUUUAUGUACGCAAACUUUACUCUGUAUCUUAACUUGCUGUAGUGAUUUAUCAGGAAACUAGGGGCCUGAUCCUGAAAGUUGCUGGGUACCUCUUGUGUAGCUCCCAAGUGCACUCAUGUCCCAUUAAUGUGAAUGGGAGUUGAAGGCACUCAGCACCUCACAGGGCCAGGCUUUAGAAAACCAGGGUAAAUGUGUCUAUUUUGUAUCUGUUGACAUAUAUAUUUUGACUUUUCUAAACUCUGCUUUGACUCUGAACACUAGAAUCAAACCUGUUUUGUGAGGCAAAAGAUUUUUAUUUAUCAGUUAGACAUUGUAUGUUUAUGUACCUUACAGCUUGACUAAAGAGCAGAACUCUUUACAGAAAACUGUUUGUUCAAGCAUUUUUAUCUGUACUGUAUGGAACCUGCUCAUAAUCCUAGUAAAUAGAUGGUUUAAAAAAAACAAACACUAACAUAUCUGUAUGUUGUGCACAUUGAAUUUUCUGAAUGGAAUAGGAUUAAGGUGAGGCAAGGUAGGUUUUCUUGGAAGACUGUUAACAGUUCACAUGAGAUGUGAAUGUUAGUGCCUAGAUACUAUGGAUUGGUUUCCUAUACAGACGCACUAUGAAUAGAUAAAUAUAUAGUAUAGAUUCUCAUGUCUAGUAUUGCAAGUGUCAUAAGUGACAUAAAAUGUCAGAAGAAAAAGUGUUUCUUACAAGGCAAAAAAUACGUACUGCGACCAUUCCCAUUUGUCCAGGUUUUUACUUUGUGAAGUGGCUGCAUUUAAUGCAGUGUUCCCAUUUUGUAACAGUGUGCUUGGGAAUGUAGAAAAAUGAGAGAGUGGUUUUAGGUAGCAAUGGGAUCCGUGGUACUGCAGAUAUGUAGAUCAGUAUUGUAGUACCCGUGUGAACUGCUGUAUAAUUUUAUAAAGCAAAGCGAUCACUUUGAUCUCACAAAAUUUUAACCUAAUUAGGAGAGAGAUAUAGCCAUAAAAGUGAAUUUUUUUUCCUGUCAUAUCAUUAGAAAAAAUACUGUUCUUUUAUGUAAGCAACUUUUAGCCAAAAGGUUGCAUUUUAUCAGAAACUUUCAUAUUUGUUGGAUAUACAGCUAUCAUUGUCUUAAAUACUCUGCACAUUGAUUGUUUGGUGCAGAUAAAUUAGAUUAAAAAUAAGGUUGAUGGCACUAGGAAUACAUGGUGACAAAACAGUUUAAAUAGUAUGAUGGUGGGAAUAAAACAAUGCACAUAAAUUGUUAGUGUUCCACAGAAUAAUAAAUGUAAAGAAGUAAUUUUUCCUCCAGCGCUUACCUUUUUAUUACAAGAUAAAUUCCUUUAAGAGAAUAAGAGAUGUAGAUCAGUAAAGAGAGAGAUUCCUUGAACACAGUCAGAAGUAAGAAGCCAGUUGUGAAUAAAUAAUCCAUGAUAUGUGCACUACAAUAAGUAGGAAGAGAAGACUGUUGUGCCCAGCAUAAAUCCCUUCUUGUAAUGAAGGGCCCAACUCUCCUACAUUUGGGUUAUUCUUGGAUAAGGUACUUGAGGCUUUGUGAAUGGCAGUUCUUCCAUAGGGGCUGUUUGCUGCCCUGUAGAAGAAACUGGGGGUUCCACCAUGCCGGUAAGUCUUCCAAGAUCUCUGCCAACUUCAGGGAUUGCUGAAGGUGAAGGGCAUUCUCAGAGAUCCCUUCUUUUGCCACCGCUGUCCAACCCAUCUCCCUUCCACAAGUUCCUGAACAGCACAGCUUCUACAGGAGCUGUUUCCAAGGGCACUGCCAACCUUGGAUGCCCUGGGAGACUGUUCCAAACUGUGAAAGUGGGGGCAAAGAGCAUAAAUUACUGCAGACUGGGCUCUGAGGUUUGGAUGGGUGAAUCUGGUGGACUUUUGGCAAGCCUCCCCCAUCUAUUGACCUGGAAUCCCAAAGAGCACGCCUGGAGAGCAUUCCAAGAGAGGCAUGUUGUGAAUGAGGUGCUUCAAGAUCUCUUGCAUAAUCCACUCUGCUUCCUCUUGUGGAGGAAAGGCAACUAAGUAGUUACUGUGAGUGAUUGAAUACAUCCAUGAAACAGUUUCUUUGGGUGCUGUACUUCUUAGUUUUUGCUAUUUUCUAAUGGGUGCUUUUAAAAAAAAAAAAACACAUUGGACAAGAUUUUCAAAAGUGCCGAUGAUUUUGGAUGCCUCCGUUUUUAGGUACUGAGCUUGAGAAUUUCCUUUAAAAGGGCCUGGUUUUACGAAAAUGUUGAGCACCUUCUGAAAAUCUUUUUGGAGACUUCCCACCCUUGGCUGCUGAAAAGGGAGACUGGGAGGAUCUGAAAGAAAUUGUAAAUGUGUAAGUGCAGUGUUGGUACACGUAACUUUUGGGUUCAUUAUUAAACUUGAGGCCUUUUUAAGGGUUCGUAAUAACUGGAUAAAAGCUAUAUUAGGCCUGAUCCUGCAAAACUUCACUCAUGUGAAUACGGAUGGCAGGAUCAGGCCCUUAAUCUGCUACUGCAGAUAGGGCCUGUUCCUGUACCUGUUUAAAGCCAAUGGCAAAACUCCCAUUGACUUUAAUGAUGCAGGGUUGGGCCCAUACUGGAGCUAAAAGAUGAUAAACCAUUAUCUGAUAGUGACAGUAAAAUGUUUAAUGUUAUGCAUUAUAAAUGUCUCAGCUGUCUUAAGUGAAUUGUUUUAUGCAUGAUCGUAAACCAGGCUCUCAUGGAAAACAGUAUUGUUCCUGGUGUGGUAUUUAUCAGUUUGUAUCAUCCUUAAGGAAAAAAAUUAAGGUUGCUAGUUCUUAUUGUUCUUAAAAGACAACUGGAGAGGGAUUGGGGUACUGGAAGCUUCCCGUAUACAACAGCUGUAGAAGCAACUAAAUUUUGUUAGUUUUUAAUAGCAGAGAAAGGGUUUUUGACAAUUGCCCUGGGAUUGCCGAGAGGGAAAGAGGAGUAAUUUUAAAAUCUGAGCUAAAAACAGUAAUAAGUAUCUUUAGGACAGUAGUUGCUAGUUGUAUCUGACAUCUUGCCAAACUUCUUCUUUAGGGAUACUCUGAUGUCACAUUCUGCUGCUAGACAUAUGGUAGAGUUCACUGUGGACAUCAGUGUUAAGAAACUGAAAUGUGGUAUAUGCAUGUGUGUGAAUCUUAGAGUAAGAUGCAGUACGAGUCUUAAACCUAGUUUUAAGACAGUAUUAUUGAUGGACUGCAUAAAACUUGACAUCCGAGUUCAAUGUUAAAUGCAUGCUGUGGGAAGUUGGAUGUAUAGAAGGUCCUGGGCAUUAGAUACCUUUGAUUUUAUCUUGGCUGCUGGGGAUUUUAGCAAAUGUUGAUUGGCUUUAGUUUUACUGUUCUUAAAGUGCACAGUAAAUAUUUAAUUUUAUGGUGCAAUAAUAAACUGCACAGAUGUCUUCGUACUUGUCAUCUCAUAAUCACUCAAUUAGGUAACAGUGGUGAUUUUCUUUUUUAAAUGUAGCUACUUCAAGUUUAUUUGAGAACUUGAAUCAUACUGUAAGAAUCUAGUAAUGGAUAAUUUCUUCCACUGUGGUUAGCCCCAACACACUUUCUUCAUGUGUUCUGCAUGUAAGAGGAUCCCAUUGGGUAUAAAUUUUAAUUCCUUAUAAGUUCAGAUCCCUUAUACAUUGAGCUUUGUUGUGAAGAGAAGUUGAAAUUCUACACCAUGUAAAAUGAUGUCUGGUUAGAAACAUAAGACAGUAUCCUAACAUUGUUUUCCAGUUCUGAACAUUAAAUUAUAUCUUGUUUUUUCUCAGUUAUUUUGUAUUGCAUGCUAAUUAUAUAUUAUUUUUUUUAAACAUUAUCCCAGUAGUACAAAAAUAUAUUAAAUACCACCCAUGGAAUUCUAACCCAUCCUAUGCAGAUGUCUUCCAAAAUUACAGGUACAAUUUUAGUGGCAGUGGCUGGCAGAAUGAAUUUUCCACGUAUUUAUCUGUAGACUUGUUUUUAUAUGUACUAGCGAGAGAAUAUACUAAGCGCAGCUAUAAAUUAUUGUAUUUCUGUAGAAAAUUGAAAAUAGUGUAAAAUUGUUUUUUGCUAAAUGUUGGCGGGUUUUUAAAUAAACUUUUCAUCUCUUAAAAA